AUGGCAAAAACAAAUGAUUUUCAGAUAUGUCAAAAAUAUUUGGACAAUUAUAUUAAUACUAUCAAGAAAGAAAUAGAUACAUGUCAUAUUCAACUGAAUAAUCAAGCUCAAUCUUAUCCAUUAACAACAUUAUCUUUGGAUCAACUUGACCAUUAUCUUAAGGAAUUUGUUGAUUGUCAACGAAAAUAUUUAUCAAUGAGAAAUAAAGAAUUUAUUGCACCUACGAUUUAUUCACCAUUGAAUAAUGAUCAAAAGAUGAUCGAAGUUAGAAAUAAACGUUACAAAACUAUUCAAGAAGCAAAACGUAUAUGGUUAAAUGUGUUUCUUAAUGCAUAUGAAGUUCAAUUACAAGAAUAUGAUCAACAGUAUGAAAAUGAAUUUUUACAAUUGGAAUCACACUUACUUAGCAAUAUCAAUAUUAAUGGUUCAUGUGUUUACCAACAAAUACAACAACAUAUGAAUUAUCAAACAAAUAAAUUAAAAAAACAAGUUUCUAUGAAAAUACGAUCAUUAAGAGGAAUCUUAAUAAAAAAUCGUCGACGUUCAUCAUCUGCUAAAAAUACUGCCGGUCCAUCUUGUAUACGAAUAAAUCAAAGUGCUAUUCGUCAUCGGCAUCAACAAGAAAUUGCAAUUCAGAAAGAUCAUCAAAGUAUUUAUGACAAAGUUCGAAGUCAUCUAAAUGAGCAUUAUUUUGUUCCAAUGACAGCAACCAUUCUUAAACAAUAUUCAAAUCAACUACUUCAUGAUUUAAAUCUUUCUUAUUUUUCACCAUUAUCUUAUAAUGAUCAAACCUUAGCAUUAAAACAAGCAAGAAAAGUAGUUUCGAUUCAACGUAAAAUUAAAAAGCAUCAUUUAAUUCUUCGUGUCACUGAUAAAGGUUACAAUUUUUAUAUUGGUACAGAAAAAGAAUUUGACAAGAAAGCUCAAAAUGUUUUUCAAGAUACUCAUGCUUUUAUUGAAUUAAAAGAAAAUCCAUUUAAUAAGAUUCAAGAUAAUGUUAUUCAUUUACUCAAUCAAAUUCGUGCGAAAAAUUUUAUUUUUCAAUGGCAAUGCUAUAAAAUGAUGCCUGAUCGAAUAAAAUGUCAAUUAGCUCAUUUAUAUUUUAAUCCUAAAACUCAUAAGGAUGGCGUACCAGUUCGACCAAUUGAAAAUACUAUUAAUGCUCCAACGACAAAUAUAUCAAAUUAUUUAGAUGAAAUUAUUCGACCUAUAUUUGAUAAGGAAUGUCAAAAUACAACCAUUAUUGAUGGUUCUUCAUUAAUUCAAGCACUUCAUCAAUAUAUGAGAAAAGGUCUUUUUAAAUCAACGACAUUAUUUUGUACUUUUGAUAUUCGUAAUUUAUAUACUAUGUUACCACAAGAAGAAGCCUUAAAUAUUCUUAUUGAAUUUCUUAAUAUUCAUGGUUAUACUAAAGUCAAAGGAAUUCCUUUAGAAACAAUAAGAUUAUUAGCUUCAAUUGUAUUGAAAGAGAACGUAUUUGUCUAUGGUAAAAAAAUUUAUCAACAAGUCCUUGGUGGUGCAAUGGGUUCAUCAUUUACAUUGACAUUAGCAAAUAUAUUCAUGUGGAAAUGGCAAAAAGAACUUGUCCGUCGACAGGAUAUGACAGGUGAAUAUUAUGGACGAUAUAUUGAUGAUGUUUUUAUGACAUGGAAUAAAUCGGAAAAUGAAUUAAAGAAAGUAUUAGACAAUGCAAAUACUUGGCAUCCAAAUAUUAAAUUAGAAUAUAAAAUCGGCAAAAGUCUUCCAUUUCUUGAUAUUCUACUUACAAAUAUCAAUGGCACGCUAUCAACAUCGGUCUAUCAUAAACCAGCAGCUGAACCCUAUGUUGUACCAUUUAUUUCUGAUCAUCCUCGACAUGUAUUCGAAAACAUUGUACAAACAAGUCUUCGCCGUGUAAUCAAAUAUUCAUCAACUUUUCAAUUAUUCAAUGAUGAGAGAAGAUAUAUCAAAUCAACAUUUUUUUACCCUUCUUCAUUUAUCGACAAGAUAUUUCGAAAAUUUUUUUCUGGCUUCAUACCAUCUCGAUCAUUUCUACCAUUUAUUGACAAUGAAGAUCAAUUCUUAUAUAUGCGUAUUGCAUUAUCUGGACAACCAAGUCGACAAAAAUCUCAAGUGGAAAUGAGAAUUGCAACACGUACGACCGAUAAUGAACAUUUAAUUGAAGAAUUGGAUAAAAAACAUGAAUUUACCAUUCAAGAAAAAAAGAAACCAAAAGAAUUUCAAAAUAAACUUAUAAUUCAUUAUACACAUGAGAAACGAUUCAAUACACGUAAGCGGGACCUGCAUCGUAUCUUUCAAGAAACAUUCGCAAACACAUCAAUACUCGAAACGAAGUUGAUCGUUGGGAAUAGAAAUCAGAAAAGCAUAAUGAAAGAACUAAUUCGAAAACGUCCAAAACAGGCAAUAUUAAAAAACCAAACUAAAGCAAGUAUGAUCAAUGAUAAAAAAAAGUGGUCUUUAAAAAAUGAUAUAGUAUACACUGAUUUAUUAAUUCUAGAUGGAAACCGCGAAAAGAACAGGCAUCGUCAACUAAACCAACAAAAUAAUAAGCGUAAAUGA